AUGGCUCAGACCGAUGUUCCAGCUGAUAUGAAGGACUUUAUGGAGAAAUAUUUAUCCCAGAUGUGUCGCCAACUUACAUCUGUUGUGGACGACAGGUUUACGCUUAUGAAGAGAGAGUUAUCCGCUGAAACUUCAGCAACUCUUGAUGCGAUUAGUAGCAAAAAAGCUCGCUUGGAUAAACACGUAUUCAAGUCAAAAGGGAAUGAACAGCAAUACCAGCAUCAGCUUGGGCUUCUCGACACCUUUGACGGCGUCGCCACCUCACUAGAAAACCACGAUACAGAUAAAGCUAUGUCUCUUCUCCAAGAAGGUAAAGCCGCUAUUCAUGGCCGGAUCAAACUCAUCAAGUUAGCUGAUAAGAGUGAGCAUGGCUGGCAGACUGUUGCUGAAUAUGUUACCAAUGAACUCGCCGAAAAUUCCGACGAUGAAAAACGCAUAGAUCGUGCUGAGAGAAAUGCGGAAAAGAAGGCGAAGAAGAAGGCAAAGUCGACGUCGGCAGCGAAAGCCCGGCAGCCUUUCACAUUUUCUAAAGCUCCUGCUGUUCCGAAUUCCUUGAGACCUAGCUUCACGCGACCACCCUUCCCUUCAUAUAACAUGCCUCUUGGGAAUCAAAUCGACCCCUGUUAUAAGUUAAGUAUUGUAUUUGAACUUAUAGGUGGGUCACAUUGUUGUACUUUUCACAACUGCUUUGGCUUGUCUGUGUUUUAUUCGAUUGAAUUAGAUUAG